AUGGUAUUCUCCCGGUCCGGGCGAUCGGUAUUCCCGUUGCUCCCACCCUAUGGAGCUCAUGACUCUAGCACCGGACGAAUUAUUCCACUACACCCAGACGGUCUUACUCCAUAUCUUGGACUUCGAGCCCGACUCUCACAAGUAUGGAUCAAUCGCUGGACGAUUCUCCUACUUCUUGUUCUUGUUCGACUACUGAUUGCCGUCGGCGAUGUGCAAUCCAACAUGGCCUCCGCCAAGCGCGAGGCGCUCUCCGCCUGCACAUCGGUUGAAUCCAUGGGCAGCGCUAUGGCCUCGAUGCCUCAUUAUCUUUCCAGAGGCACCAAUGAACUUGUCGCAUCAUCUGUCGACAGUGCAGUUGCUGCUUUGAAAUCAAUGCUGCUGAUGACCAUCACGGGCGUCGGGGAAAUCCUUUGGUUCGUUCUCAACAUGAUGUAUUCGACAUAUGCCUGUCUUAUCACAAUGGCCGUACGUGGCACAGUUGGAGCUGGGAUCGAGCUGGUCAAAGAGGCAACAGAGUGGAUCAACAAGACACUGGCCUCAAUCGGCGACGACAUCGAAAGUACCGUCACCAAGUAUAAGGAUGAGCUGGAUACCUUCCUCGAAACAAUCAACAAAGUGGCCAGCUUGUUCACCGACGACCCAACUCCUAUCAACCUGAACAGCACAAUUAGCAAGUUGGAAAACUUGUCUCUUCCUUCAUCGGUCAACAGCACUGUCGAGAAGUUAGACAGCCUUGUCCUUCCUAACUUCAAGGAAAUCCAGAACUUCACCAAGACUAUUUUCCAAACGCCAUUCCAAGAGGUCAAAGACCUAGUCAAUCAAUCUCUGGGAGCCUACAGCUUUGACCGAUCUGCCCUCCCGGUUCCGGCUAAGAAACAAUUGGACUUUUGCAAUGACAACAGUGGAAUCAAUGACUUCUUCAGCGGGGUUACGGGCCUUGUCUUAACCGCCCGCAAGAUCUUCCUCGCCGUCCUCAUCGUGGCAGCCAUCUUGGUUUGCAUUCCAAUUGCAUGGCAAGAGGUGCGUCGAUGGCGCUCUAUGAAAGAACGGUCCCAGCUGGUUCGAAAAGAAGCACACGACCCGAUGGACGUUGUCUACAUUGUUUCGCGGCCCUACACUGCUGCUGCCGGUAUCAAAGCAGCAAGCCACUUCAGCAACAGCCGCCGACAGAUCCUCGUUCGGUGGGCCAUCGCCUACGCGACAUCUCUACCAGCCCUCUUUGUCUUGGCUCUUGCUCUUGCAGCCCUUUUCUCCUGUCUGUGCCAGUAUAUUCUUCUUCACUCGAUCAAGAAGACUGUACCAGCGUUGAGCUCUGAAGUGGGAGCAUUCGCUGACAAGGUGGUGGGGGCUCUUGAGACUGCCUCAACAGACUGGGCCACUGAUGCUAACAAGGCCAUCAUCAAUCUCGACACUGAUCUCAACAAGAAUGUCUUUGGAUGGGUCAACACGAGCACCCAUGCUAUCAAUGAGACGUUAAACUUCUUCAUCUACAACACCUCCAGUGCACUCAAUGAGACAUUCAAGGGGACCAUUUUGCAAGAGCCGGUUUAUGAACUAUACGAAUGUCUGAUCGGUCUCAAAGCAGAGUCUCUCCAGAAGGGAUUGAACUGGAUAUCCGAACAUGCGCAUAUUUCUCUUCCCACGCUCCCAAAUGACACCUUCUCUGCAGGUGCAUCUGACAGCAUCAACGACGAUUCGUCCAAUCCAUCCGACAGCUUCCUCGCUGACGCCGGCGAUGAAACAUCCAACAAGAUUACCGAGGUCGUCAUCAGCGUCAUCAACAAGCUCCAAGAAGCCUUACGCAUUGAAGCAAUUAUCGCCACGGCCAUCCUUCUCCUUUGGGUCUUCAUUGCCCUCAUUGGAAUCACCCGUGCCAUGAUGCUAUUCUGGGGCCGCGAAAAACAGCGUGGCGAGGGUGGCCAGGGCCAUAUGAUGGACCCUAUUCCUCGCGGAGGUCCACCCGAGGAUCAGAAUGGUUUCACUGAAGUGCCGCUCACUGCUUAUCCGAAGCAUGUGUCUGAUGGGCAUGUCGCUCCCCAGUACACGGCUGGCUCCGAUGAAAAGCAUGGGUUUGCGGGACAGAGGGAUUAUGGUAAUGCUCUGCAGGUUGAUACCACUGCGGAUGUCCGUGGUAGCACCUACGUCGAAUACGACGUGAAGCGCUGA